AUGGUGAAGUUGCCAUCUCUGGAUCGAGGUGUGUUGCCUCUCCAGAAGCUUCGAGACGAAUACGUGCGCGCUUUGACGCAUUUGCUGGAUCAUUUGGGCACAGAUCGAGUGUCGCUGGUGCUCUCGAAGCGUCUGGCAGCACUGCUAACGCACGUAUUUAUUGACGGUCUGGGCGUGUUGAAAAGUCAUCACGUUGUCGAGUGCUUAGAGCUCGCAGACGAUCACGUCACGGCAGACACGACGGUGGUGUAUCUGACUUUUGCACGUACCGGUGACGCACGUGCAGUUGCAGCUCAUGCCGACAAGCUGCUGGAACACGGGGACGACGAAAGACGAAAGCGGCGGCUGGCAUUGUACGUGGUAGGCAAGUGGACGACGAUGCUGGAUCAAGCCUUGGACUAUGGGCGCGUUCGAGGCAGAUUUCAGACAGGAGAGCUGUCGAUGGGCUUCUUCCCGUUAGACACAGACUUGCUCACUUUGGGCUUCCGACGGACUUUGUAUGAGUGUGGGGUGGAAGGGAACCGAAGUUCGCUAGUGGACAUGGCGGCAGCGCUGAAUUUGUUACAGCAAGUGUAUGGGAAAUUCAACAGCAUCAAGUACAAAGGAGAGAUGUCGAUGCUAGUGCUCAAUCAUUUGAUGGAGAUGAAUGCAGGAGGCUCGGGAAUGAUGAGCAGUUCUGGCAAUGCGACUACAGGACCCCCCACUGGAGCCCAGCGAUCGCGACUGGAUACGUUGAUUCUGUUGGAUCGAAGUGUGGACUUUGCCUCUGUGUUUUCCACGCCGUUGACGUUUGAGGCAGUGCUCGAUGAAGUUAUGAGCAUUCAAGACGGAUUUAUCAUGGCUUCACCACAGAUUCUAAGAGCGGAUGACAGCGCUAGCAACGACCUUGUGCCGGUGGCGAUGAACUCGACGGAUGAAAUCUUCCAGAUGAUUCGAGACAAACACAUCCACACCAUUCCAGCGGCGCUGAACGCUCAAGCAGUACGAGUCAAACAGAGAUUCACCGAAUUCCAGCGUGUCAGUGGCACAGCGACAGCAGCAGAAGUCAACGAGUUUGUAAAGACAGUGCCUCAGAUGAAAGCAUCGCAACAAUCCAUUGAGCAGCAUAUUAAUCUGUUGGAGUAUCUGGAGACUACGACGUCAAGCAAACCGUUUCGAGAUCUUUGGCAGUUGGAGAGGAAGAUCGUGGACCGAGCAGAUGGCGUACUAGACACGAUAGAAGAGCUCAUUUAUCGACACGAAGACCUUCGAAAGGUGCUUCGUCUUCUUUGUUUAUACUGUGUUGUCAACGACGGCAUGACACGACAUGAUCUAGAGAGAUUAAAGGUGCACGUCGUGAGAACUUACGGUCAUGAAUUGAUCUUCUCUUUCAGUAUUCUCGACCGGCUUAGGGUGCUGUACGAGCGUCAACCUCGUUCUUUUUUACCCGAUGAUACCGGCUGUUCAUUUCACUACGUGACGCAGAGUUUAUCCGUGAUCGACGUGGAUGUCAACAUCAAGAACCCAAAGAAUGCAGCCUUCGUCACAUCAGGCUACGCGCCAAUAUCUGCUCGUCUUGUGGAGGAGAUUCUCAAGCAUGGCCACUGGAGAGGCAUCGACCAUGUUAUGAGUCGUCUACACGGACCACGAGCAGAAGUUCAUUUGUCUGAAAACGAUCGAUCGGAUAAAGAGGACAACAAAGUGAAGUCGAAGAAGAAGACUGUCGUGGUAGUGGCUUUUGUUGGCGGCGUGACGUUCCUUGAGAUCGCUGCGUUGAGGUGGAUCGCGUCCUUUUAUCCCAUCGAGCUUGUCGUCGCUUCGACCAGUAUAAUUAAUGGCAAGAUGUUUAUUAGCGAGUUGUUGGGGUAUGUGCCUCCUACUACGGCGUGA